GGCCGUGAAGCCUGUCGACUAUCUGGCAACCCUGCUCUGAACAAAACAAACGAACAAUCAUGUCUGCGUCGAGGCUUCCACCAGCUUUAGCUGCUCGCUUAAAAAAGCGUGGUAUUAUUCAACAAGAUCAGCAAAGCGAAGAGCCUGAUGAGGAGAUAAUUGCUGCAGAUUAUUCUGGUGAAGAUGUCCUGGAUUCUUCUCAUCACCACCACCAGGAACCUAAAGAACCCUCAAAUGAUAAAUUACCACCAGGGUGGUUUCGGAUAAAAGAUCCUAUAUCGGGCUACCACUACUUCUGGGACUCUGAGACAGAUAAGGUAUCCUGGUUACAUCCACUGGAUCCAAAAGCAAAGAUAACAGAGGCAGCAUCAAAACUAAGAGGUGAUUCUGAAGUGCCAUCAGAUAAAGACAGAACAGAAUCACACAGAAGACAGGAUGGUGGAUCAUCAACUCGAUGGGAUUCUUCCGAUAGGAAAGCAUCAAGCAGCAGAAAAGAUGUCAGUGACAGGUUAGACCCACCACAGAUUGGUCCCUCAAUAGGUCCUAGCAUAGGACCUGUUGCUCCUGGCCAGAGUAGCAAGGACAAGGCAGAUAAAGGAAGACAGGCACCGUACCACAAGCCUAGCAAACAAAGCAGAGAUUCUCAUCGGAAGAAGAGAGGCCGAGAUGAUGAGCUAGAUCCAAUGGACCCUGCAUCCUACUCGGACGUUCCUCGAGGUGACUGGUCAACAGGUCUGCCUACAGCAAAUGAUGCCAAGACCGGUGCUGAUGUAACAGCAACUGGGCCCUUAUUCCAGAGUAGGCCAUAUCCCAACCCAGGAGCUAUCCUUCGGGCAAAUGCGGGCCAGUCUUGAAACAUACAGCUUCAGAAGACCUGAAGGUGCAUUGGCAUUGGCUGAUUGAUGAAUGAUUUAAUCGACAAGUUCCAUAAUGUUUGGACCUCUCAUUUUCAAGCAGUUUACUUCUGAUACUUGUCUCAGACAGAUGGUGAUGAUUAACAAUUGAACUAGGAAUUCUAAGUGCCAGAUUAUGUCUUUGUGGAAUGGUUGCAUUCUGCACCAGUGUCAGAUUCACUGAUGGUGAUUAUUGAACCAGAAUGCGGGAUUAAUCAGCAGCAGGCUUUAGAAUGUCUUUGUGAAACCCUCUGCACUAGUGUCGGAUUGACGUUUGCAACACUAUUAAACUACAAGAGGGCUGAAUUUGUCUUUUGAUAUGGUCUCAAUAUUGAUGGUGAAGACUAAAAAUAGAAGAGGAAUAGAGAAUUUAGAAUAGAUUCAUUGGCAAUAUUACCAUACUUGCAAAUUGAGAGAUUUCUCUGAUAGUCAAAGAAAAAAAUUCACUUCUCUUAUAUUACUUCUAUUUCAUGUAAUUAAAAAUGCAAUGUUAAACCUGUUA